CACAGCACUCCCUGAGCGUUGUUCGUUCUCCUCAUGUACCUUCUUUUAGCCCAAACCUUUUGUCGAUCCUUUUAACGUACACAGCGGGCAAACCUCGUACUAUGACCAACUAAAACUCAGCCAAAAAUACUACAGUACCCGCACCGCAGUCACUUCCAACACUAACAACCAACUCAACCUCGCCGAAUUCUACCCGUCCACAGACACAGACACAUAAUGGUGGACUGGGUCACACUUAUUGUACCGUUUGCGUACCUCAGCGUUCUAAUCGGCUCCCUUGCAACUUUCUCAUCCCUCUACCGCAAGCGCAAGGCCAGAAAGGCCACAUCCCUAGAACCAUGGUUUCCGUCACAUCUACAACGAGACAUCUACUUUUCCCUUCUGCACCUUGACCCGCCCGCCUCAGCAACAGAGAAGAAGGUCGCGGUCCCCGAGUCGGUCCUCAAGGCGGCGCUACUCCGCCGCGCUCAAGAAGACAUUCGCCGCGUCAUGACCCUUCGCAGUCAGAAGCAGGCUCUUUCCGUACUUCUUCAGCGGGGAAGUGUGGGCGACGACCUUUGGCAGAGGUUUCUGCGGGCGGAGAAGGAGAUGGAGGAUGAAGUGCGGGAUGUUGUUACUGAGGCAAACGCGUACGCCCCCAACUGGGGCCAGGUAAUCUUCCAGUCGGCAAACGAAAUGGUUAACAACGAGAUUGUACGCGAGCGGUUAGAUAAACACCAGAAGAAACUUGAUGAGGAGAAGGCUUGGUGGGAGAAGAAGAAGGCUAGUAUCCAGGAAGGGUUCAUGAAGGAGCUGGAUGCUGAGAAGCCGGGCACCGUCACUACUGCUGCUGCUGCUACCGCGGCGCCUGAGGUUGCUGAAGGUACGCAGGUUGCAGUUGGGUCGAAGGCAUCUGCUUCAGCUGCGGCUCCCCCCGCACCGACUGUUACGGAGAGUGACGAUGAUGCGGUGCUUGUAGAGGCUGAUGACCAGGCCGGGAGCGCAGGACAAAAGAGUCCUGGUGGAGGAAAAAAGAAGAAGAAGGGGAAGAAAUGAAUAAAUUUCCGAGGCAUAUAGAUGAUGCAUCAAAGGGUUUUAGAUGGUUUUCACCUCCUUGAACUUUACUUCCUCUUAUGUUUUAUGAAUGGUGUUUAUCUAAAUUUUAACGGUCUUUUACUUGAUGGGCCUCCUAUUUCCUUUAUUGGUAAUCAUUAUUCACUCUAGAAGGGUUAUGAAGUCAAUAUAAUCAAGAUUGAUU